GUGUUAAUUUUAAAACGUACCUCGAGUGUGUAUUUCAACGCGCGCGCGUCUCACAAAAUGGCGUUCCGCAAUUCCUGCGCAGUGCGUGCGUGAGUCAGGAUUGAGGAAAAAACCAUUUUGGGACAGUGGUGUGUGUGUGAAGGAACAUCUCAGGUCGCAUUCCCUGAUGUCUCGCGGAUGCUGAAGCAUUCUUGCGUUUUUCACAUCAGUUUCGUGCGAAGAAUCUCGUGUUAAAGUGCAAUUUUAGUUUAAAAAUUUCGUUUUUUUCUUUGUGGUUUUGAGCACAAGAAAAUUCUCAUUUCCUAUUCCUUUUAACUUUCCAUCAGGACCUCUUCUUUUUUUUUCGUUGUUGUAUUUGAAACAUUUUUGGUGAUAGAAUUUUGCAAAAAUGACGGGUCGCCCAAGGAGAACACGUCUCUAUGAUUGCAAUUACAACAUUGGUCAGAGCUACUAUCGUCCUACAAUUGAUCAGCUUGACCGUAAACUCUACAGACGGUCAGAACCAGCUGGGGAUCACAUAUUGAAGCCCCGUACGGACAUUGAUGAUUUCUUUGAUCAGGAUUUGAAGACAGCACGACGUCGUGCUGAGAAAGUCAUUGCGGAGGAUGGAAUUUUCGAUUCGAAGAACCUUAAAUUGGGUAAGGCCUUGCCCACGGCUGAGGAUGACUUCAGUGAGGAGAUGCAGUCAACAUUGAGCCGAAUCCGUGCCAGCAAGAAACUCCUCACGGCUGGGGAUGAUGACAUUGAUGACACACUGGCCACAAUGAAGCGUCGCGCCAAGUUGGAUUUAGGGGAGAAGUUGCUGGAUUUGUCUGGGGAGGAUGAGGCAGUUGGUGGGACAAUUCGUCGUAGGGCGUUGAAAAUGGUCUCCAGGUCAGCAGUUGAUGAUAGCAACUACAAUGCGAGGGAUUUGACAAAAUGGACAGCCCUUGAGGAUGAUUCAGCGCAUUCAGCUGCAGCUCUGCGUGCGAAAGCAACCAAAGCUCGUCUUGCGGACAUUGAAUCGGAAAUGUUUGAUCGCUCAGAGAGGCAGGCAGCACGUGAAAGACGAGUGGCGAAUAUGAAGAAAGUUCUUGCUGAAAAUGACGAUGAAUUCACGCACUCGGCAAAAGCACUCACCCUAUCGUCAAAAGCUGAAAAGAAAGUUACUUUCUAGGACUUUUUUCUUUUCAUUGUGGGGGAGGAUUUCCUUCCCAGAAAAAAAAAGUUUAUUUGUUAUCCAAAAAAAUCGUGUGAAAAGAUUAAAAAAAACAAUCUCCUUCUAAAAAAUAAUAAAUAAAAGCUUCUGCGAAAUUGA